GCCAGCCGAACGGCUGGAGCCAAACGCGGCGGCCGCGGAGCGAGGGGAGGGAGAGGCCGCGGGGCCAGGGCGAGUCGAGCGGAACCCGCCGGCCACUGGCAGCCGCCGCCAGGAUGCCCCGGCCCACGGGCCGUUCCGGCGCCAGCCACCCCCGCGGCCUCCGGUGGCCUGCGCUCCGCCCGGGGGCGCGGCAGCCGCAGUUGGAGCCGGAGGCGGGAAAAGCGAGCAGGAGCCCCGGGCGCCCGAAUGCAGGAUGCUCGUGGUCCCUGGUGUCCCCUGGCCACCGCAUGUGAGGGCUGCUGCUCUGAGCUGAGGCCUGGCUCUGAGGAGGAUGUCCCAGCUGCCAGCCAGCUCCUGCCUGCACCAUGAGUGAUGAGCGGCGGCUGCCUGGCAGCGCGGUGGGCUGGCUGGCAUGCGGAGGCCUCUCCCUGCUGGCCAAUGCCUGGGGCAUCCUCAGCGUGGGUGCCAAGCAGAAGAAAUGGAAGCCACUGGAGUUCCUGCUGUGCAUGCUUGCGGCCACCCACAUGCUCAAUGUGGCGGUGCCCAUCGCCACCUACGCUGUGGUGCAGCUGCGACGGCAGCGCCCUGACUAUGAGUGGAACGAGGGCCUGUGCAAGGUCUUUGUGUCCACCUUCUACACCCUCACCCUGGCCACCUGCUUCUCUGUCACCUCCCUCUCCUACCACCGCAUGUGGAUGGUCCGCUGGCCUGUCAACUACCGGCUGAGCAACGCUAAGAAGCAGGCGGUGCACACGGUCAUGGGCAUCUGGAUGGUGUCCUUCAUCCUGUCAGCCCUGCCUGCUGUUGGCUGGCACGACACACGUGAGCGUUUCUACACCCACGGCUGCCGCUUCAUCGUGGCUGAGAUUGGCCUGGGCUUCGGUGUGUGUUUCCUGCUGCUGGUGGGCGGCAGUGUGGCCAUGGGUGCGGUCUGCACAGCCAUCGCCCUCUUCCAGACACUGGCUGCACAGGUGGGGCGCCGGGCCGACCACCAUGCCUUCACGGUGCCCACCAUCGUGGUGGAGGACACCCAGGGCAAGCGCCGCUCCUCCAUUGAUGGCUCUGAGCCCACCAAAACUUCGCUGCAGAUCACAGGCCUGGUGGCCACCAUCGUUGUCAUCUAUGACUGCCUUAUGGGCUUCCCCGUGCUGGUGGUGAGCUUCAGCAGCCUGCGGGCAGAUGCCUCGGCACCCUGGAUGGCGCUGUGCGUGCUCUGGUGCUCAGUGACCCAGGCCCUCCUGCUGCCUGUAUUCCUCUGGGCCUGCGACCGCUACCGCGCCGACCUCAAGGCGGUCUGGGAGAAGUGUGUAGCCCUCAUGGCCAAUGAUGACGACUUGGACGAUGAUACCAGCCUGGAGGGUGGCGUGCCCCCGGACCUGGUGCUGGAGCGCUCCCUGGACUACAGCUAUGGAGGCGACUUUGUGGCCCUGGAUAGGAUAGCCAAGUAUGAGCUCUCUGCUCUGGAGGGGGGCCUGCCCCAGUUCUACCCACUGCGGCCGCUGCACGAGGACAAGAAGCAGUACCUGCAGGUCCCGCCCACGCGACGCCUCUCCCACGAUGACGCGGACGUGUGGGCCGCUGUCCCCAUGCCCGCGUUCCUGCCGCGCUGGGGCUCUGGCGAGGACCUGGCCGCCCUGGUGCUGCCCGCCGGGUCCGACCGGCGUCGCUGCAGCUUGCUGGCCUUCGCGGAGGACGUGCCCCCGUUCGGUCCGCGCCACCGCUCGGCCGAGAGCUUGCUGUCGCUGCGGUCCCCGGCACCCGGCCCGCGCCGCGCCCAUGACUCGCCCCCCGGCAGCCCGCGCCGCCGCCCCGGGCCCGGCGCCCGCUCCGCCUCGACCUCGCUGCUGCCCGACACCUUCGCGCUGACCGCCUUCGAGCGCGAGCCGCAGGCCCUACGCCGCCCGCCGGCUCCGCCGGGGCCCUUCUCGGUGCGCGCCGCCGCCUGCCCCCCGGCCGGCGGGGACGCGGUGCCCCCUGCAGGCGGCGGCGGGCCACGGAGCCCCGGGCUGCGCCCGGCCGCGCCCUUGCGCCCCGGGCCCCUGCGGGCCGGCCUGAGCGCGUCGUGGGGCGAGCCCGGGAGCCUGCGCGCGGUAGGCGGCGCGGGGAGCACCAGCAGCUUCCUGGGCUCGCCCUCCGAGUCGUCGGGCUACGUCACCCUGCACUCGGACUCGCUGGGCUCGGCGUCCUAGGCCCCGUGGGGGCCUCCCUCACGCACCCGGCGGCCCCGGGGGGCCUGCGGGCGCAAAUCACCAAAGAUGCCACGCCGGCCCAGCCCGUGCGAGGGUCUAGGUCCCUCUGGGACGACGGCUGCCCUGGGCACAGCAUCUCUGGAUAGAGGAAGGCCGGACUUAGGUAAAGGCAGGCUCUGCAGCCCUGGGGCAGCAGGAAGCCAGGGACAGAGCCAUCCCUGGUUGGAACAAAGCCCUGCCCUGCAGCAAUGAGAGGCCUCCGGACUGCAAUGGGCUCUCCACUCUGCACUCUGUCACCUCAGGGGGUGGGUGGGGUACAGAGGGUCUCUAAGCACAGGGCAUUCAGAGCCCAAACAACCUCUCUGAGCAGUUGUCCCUGCUGACCUGUUCUGCCUCUGUUUCCCCAUCUGUGAUGAGCAGGUGACCAUAUUAACUCUCAGGACUGUUUGGAGAAGUCUCCUGGUCCAUGUGUACUGGCCACUGAGUGGACAGGGCACGAGAGCCAGUCUAGGGCCCUCCAUGGCUCCUUUGUGGAUGUCAGCCUUAAGUGUGUGGCCCAGUGUGGGCCCCAGGCCUGAGGCUUCCCACUGUCAGUGCCCCUGGCCCCCGUGGGAACUCACUCCCACCCCAGCAAAAGCACAACACUUGCACCAUCACCAGUGGCAGCCCACCCACCUUGACCUCCAUUAGCAUCUGCACCCUCAUGACUCUGCCGUUGUGGCCUCUCCCCACCACAUUGGUCGCCUCUGUGACCCCAACAUGAAGGUCGUGGGUGCAUGGUGGACAGGACAGAAGCAAAGAGGGAGUAGGCUAGUCCCUGUCCCCAGUUUCAUCUUCCACCUUUGCAGGUCUGGCUAGAAAGGGAUCCUGGUUUAGAGGUACCCCAGGUUCUUGGCUUAAGGCCUGGUCCCUGGCAAGUGUCCUCCCUCAUCCUGCAGGCAGGGCCUUCCUCCCUCUCUCUCCUGGGAAGACCCCCUGCAGGCCUGGGCUUUGCCAUGGGGCCUGGCAGGGACCUGCUGGGUCUUCUUAGAGUCAGGCUAAGGAGAGGCCCAUAAAUAGCUGUGACCUCAAGCGGGGGGACAGGCAAAUGCAGAGGCUGUCUCAUCCUGGCCCCUGCCUGCUUCCAUGCAGUGGCCUCUAAACAUGAAGACCUGAAGUGGAUUCCAGGCCAGAGUGGAGCCUGCCUACACUGUGUUCCCUCCUGCUCUGCAACCUGCAGUUGCAGCUCUGGUGCUGCGCUCAGGUGACCCAGCCCAUUCCUUGCCCUCUAGACAAGGUCCCAGCCCCCAAAAAAGGCCUCUGGGAGGGACACGGGUUGGGGACUGCCUGACUUGUCUCUGCUCAGGAGGCCACUCAGUCUCUGGCUAUGGGGUAGUGGGAUGAGCUGGCCACAGAUGAGCAAGGCAGUUGACUGCAUCUAGCAUGAUGAGAGGGGCCACCUCUGGCCAGUGUUGCUGUGCCUUCAAGGACCAACAUGGCAUGUGGGGUCAGAGGUCAUCAGCUAGACACUGUUCCCCCUCAGGCUGGAUCAUUUGUCACUUUGGGUUUUCACUCUAUUUUAUAUCCAACACAGUACUUGCAAGGGGAUACGGUACCCCAAAGUCCCUCCAGUCCCAAUUUUUACAAAAAAAGGAGGGCCCCAAGCAGAGGACCCUGGUGUGUGGGGCUUCCUCCCACACUUUGUGCAGACUCCAGACCUAUUUGCUGCAUUGAUAGCUUGACCCUGGGCUCACCUGGGAGGAAGCUCUGCCUUUUUACCACCACCCAGCCCAGAGUCAGGGAUCCGUUUGUAGUUUUUUGACAACUGAGCACUUCUGUACCGAAUCCAAUAAAAAACUUCAGAUGAUUUGCA